AUGGAUUCUCCAUUUAAAACUCCAUCAAAGUCGACCGCAUCUCAAAUGUUACCAUCCAGUUGUUCAUCUUCACCAUUUACGCCAAAAAGAAGUAAAAUUAAGAGGAUAAGUGAAGAACAUGAUUCUGUUUCCCGGAUUUUAGCAUUUGAUGAAUCCAAUAGCCGCUCACCUACUAGAAGGAAACUAGAUUUUUUAUCAUUUAGUCAGCAACCAUUACUAAUUAGUGAAAAUGAACAUAUUCAAACUAGCCAGACAACACCUGUCAAAAUAGAACAAUCAAAUUUUGAAAAAAGUAAAAUUUUAUUAUCUCCAAGUAUUAAGGUUCAUCCUAAACGAUUUAAUAUUUCUGAACAAGAUAAAAAUGUUAUCAAUUCAUCUCAAAAUAAAAAAUGUAGUUCAAAUAACUCUACUCCAUCCAAAAAAUUAAAACUGUUAAAUGCGAGUGCAGGUUGUAAAAAAAUAACUUCUUUUUUCAAACCUAUAAAUGAUGUUGGUAAUAAUUUUUUGCUAGCUAACCACAAAUCCGAUGAGGAAAAUAUGAAUCCUACAGUUGAAAACUGUAUUAAAUCUGAGUUUGUUGCUAACAAUACAGACAGCUAUAAAAAUAUAAUACAUGAAAAAAUUCUUCCAUCAAAAACAAUUGAACAAGGUUUAAAUCAUAAAAAUGACAAACUAAAGAAAAGUGUUAUCGAGAGACAAGUUACCACAAAUCAAAAUGAUAAUAUUAAUAACAUUGAAGUUCAAUCACAAAAAUUAAAUAGUGUUAGCUUAAUCCUUUCAAACAGGCAAAAAUCAAGUCCAAAGAGAAAAGCUGUUAAAAGUCCACGUUCAAAUAAAACAAUAGUUAAAGAGUUAAAUAUUGCAGGACAAGUUACUCCAAGUAAAAAUGGAAGCAUAAAUAAUACUCCUUUGACGAGUCCAAGAAUUAUGGAAUACUUAGAUAAUAAAGUUGAUAUUUCUGGUGGUGAUACAUAUAGCAGAUUCAUUAAGUUAAUUGUUCUCAAAGCUGAAAUCUUCUGUUUUGGCAAAGAAGAUAUAAUGAAAAAAAUUGAGGGUGCAACUAAUGAUGAACUUAAGAUUUAUGGAAGAUUGAUAUCUCGGAAACAUGGAUGGAUUCGUGCAAAUGCGCCUGAUGGACUUCUAAAGUAUAGAGAAUCAAAUCUAUGUGAUAAUUUUGAUAGUGUUUUAGAAUCAUUAGCAACCAAACAAUUAAUAAAUACAGAUGUUACUUCUUGUGAUCUUGACGUUCUAUUAAAUAUUCUAAAAUCCCAAGAACUUAAAGAUUUACAAAAGUUAUUCAAUAUUAAAUUAAGUUCCAGCAAUAGUCAGACUAAACCUGAAAUGAUAAAAUCGUUUAUCAAACAUGUAAAGAAUCAAAGAACAUUUUGUGGGAAUUCAGUCAGUAAUUUAAAAGAAAGAGUCAAAAAAAUAAUUGGUUAUUGUUUGAAACUAUCAGAUACAUCAAGAGAUGAUAUAAUGAGCUGCUUAAUAUAUGAAUCGUACCCUUAUUUUAUUGGAGAUGAAAAGGACAGAUUUCGUGAUUGUUUCAAUACAUUUUCUAUGGUUGAAAAAAAAUUAUUAAAAUUUCCUACAUUUGAAACAAAACGAGUUUCAGUUAAUUUCAGUUCAAAAGAUAGCUUUGAAAUGUAA